UAAAAUUCCCUUUAUAGAUAAUUCAUUUUAAUAAAAAUUAAAAAAAAAACCGCAAAAGAUAAAAUUUACUCAGUGCUUUUGUAGUAGAAUUUAUUAAAAGCAGGCGAGUGUGCUCUAGGCUUAGCAUGUUUGUGUUGUCGUCAUUUUCUUAUCGUGUUUAAUUUAAUGAGCAAGGGUGACAAAUAUUUUAAAUCAUUUAGCAAGCUGUCAGUAUAAAGUUGUCGAUGCUUAUUUACACCUCUGUCAGUCUUGAUGUCGACUAUGUGAAAUGCAAUUUUGUGGAGACUUCAAACGUAUUGAACCAUAUACAAAAUAUUGGCAGUGCUUUGGGUGUUGCAACACGUAAGAGAAUUUCUGAUCACACAAAUGAACGUACGUUAUAUUACGUUAAACCAAUCUACGUACAAGAAAAGAAGUGGCAACGACGGAGCUAGCUUAAAAUACUACGGGACAAAGACACGACAGACGAUGAUAGCGAGUACUGCCGCAUUGGCAAACGUGGCGUCUCCACCAUCAACCAACGAUAAUUUCUACACGCGUAAAAACACACACACCCGUUGUCACCAGCAACAUCGUACGAAUGUGCUCAAAAAUGGAAGUGGUUUUCAUGAGACAACACCUUCUACGUCUGACAGUGAAACAUGCAAUGGGGUAGCGACAUCGAAACACAACGAACAUAAAAUAGAAGCGAGCGAAAAGAAAAAAGAGGAACGAAGAAGCUUCAUUAGACAAAUGUUUCAUCACAAACCUAACGAAAGCGACGGCUGCCGAACGACGAAAGCGUUAUGGUCGGCGUUUAACGUGACCGACAGUGUAACUCACAGUUCUGAGGAAAAAAGAGACGUAGAGAAAAAACCGAUACCCGUUAUUCUCAUAAAUGGUAUGCUAUUUGACGACAACGAACAAAAAGACAAAAUAGACACAACAUCCAAUUAUUUGGCGUGUUCCGUGGGCGGGGAAGGUCUACAAUAUGGCAAGAUAGAUAUUGAAAAUGAAUUUUACAUUGAAACCGAAAGCAAGUUUGAUAAAAACAAAUUGCACGUCUCGAUUAAAGGGCCGAAGCAACGGCCAAUUAAAAUCGAGACAUCUAUGCUGAACAGAAAUGUAUGUAAGUUUUUGUACUGGCCGAAAAGAGUCGGGUGGUACACUAUAUACAUUCAAUGGGAAAGAAAGCAUGUCAUAGGCAGUCCUUUUGAAGUGGUGGUAACGGAUAAAUGAUUGCCUGGUUCACAGCUUCGCCACUUUUAUACUUACAAUGAAGAGAAAAGAAAGCAGAUAUGAAGCAGUAAUAUGAAAGAACAUAGAGCUAGCUACAGCACGAUUAAAAAAGCAAAUAAAUCGAAACGUUAUCAGUCCUCACGUAAACUUUUAAAAUCAAGCAAAAAGAUAAACCACUCCUUGUUCUAGCAUACGCCAUGCGGUACACACGCCCAUGCACACAACUGUCCAACAUGAUGAGUUGUAUUGAAAAUUUUGACAUUUCUUAUCUGUGAAAGAUUAACAAGCAAAAAACAAAUUACAAAAUGUAUAAACUAGAUUUUUUAUUUCGUAAACGAAAUUAAUUUAUGAAAAAAAUAUUUUUAAAUACUAAAGAAUAAUAAUAAAUAAUAUUAAAUCCCGCUA